CGAAUGUGUAGAAAGUUCUUUGAUGACUCUUUCUGUCUCUCAAAAUAUUAUAAAUAUAAAUAGGAUAUUUAAAAAAGUUUCAGUAUUGCGGAACAAUUUGAAACAUUCGGGAGUUUGUGAGCGUCUUUUAAAUGUUAAAUUAUUUAAUAUAAAUUUAGUUAAUGUUACAGAUAUGAUACAAAGAUUAGUAUUCGGUUUACUCCUUGUGAAUUAUGCAACUUGUCGUACAAGUAGAAGCUUUCGUGACUUUCCCGAAACUGCCAGAUUAAGUCAAGCUCAAUAUCCAUCGUAUAACAUUAUUUCACCAAACGGACCUGGAACGUAUGCAUUUGGUUAUGAGAUUGAAGAUCCUGCAACAGGAAAUGUUCAAUUUCGUGACGAAGAAAAGCUAAGAAACGGAACUGUUCGAGGAAGUUAUGGAGUUUUACUGCCUGAUGAUACUUUACAUAUCACCAGAUAUAUUGCUGAUCGAUUUGGAUAUCGUGCUAGCAGUGACACCAAAAAAAUCAAAUCUCCUUUGAAACUUGAACUUCAACUACAACCCUCAUUUGCCCCAAAACCAUAUCCUUUAGUGCAGCAGAACAUUGCUCCCACUCAUAUGAUUAAUCUCCCUUCAAAUCAAAACCCAAAUCUUCCCGAAUCAGUAAGUUCGCCAAAUAAUCCUACUGAUUAUCAACAAGACAAUGUUCUCCUUAAUCCAAACUUUUAUAAAUAUCAUGAUGCACUUUCCGAUGAACAAAACGCAAAUGCAAUUUAUCAACAGCAAUUAAUGCAAGCUCAAUUAUCUCCUUACGGCUUUUUACGUCAGAGUUCAUUUAGUCAACAAAAUCGACCAACAAACACUUGGUAUGGCAAUAAUAAUUAUCAAAAUGAUCAGACUCAGGGACCUGUAAUGAGUUUCUUAUCGAAUUUAGCAAUGAAUAAUCCUUUAGCAAACUUUUUCAACAGUUUUCAGCAACAACCUCAAAAUGUUGCAGCACAGAACGAUCAAUAUCAAACUCAAAAUCAAAACCCAAUUCAAACUCUCAUCACAAAUCUCAAUCCUUUUAAUCUUUUCAGUAAUAACAAUCGACCACAAUCGAUGUCAGUUCAGUCAGACUACAUAUCACCAACAUCUUCUCCCUCAAAUGUAAUGUUGUCGGGAAAUAUUGAUUCUUCAGUCUUUAGUAAUGGGAAUCUUCCCAACUACAUGUAUCCAACAAAUAGCAACUCAAAUUACAUGACUCCAACUUAUGGAACGGGAGUUGUUAGUGCUUAUAAUCAAUAUCCGAAUUAUAAUUCCCCUAAUAUGUAUAAUUUAAAUGCAAAUCAUGGUCAAUUUCCUAUAAACAGACCUUACAAUGGUUAUCAAGUCGGACCAGCUCCUAUCAAUGUCAGACCAAACUCUUACUUAUCCCAAACCCAAGCUUAUCCUUAUGUCUACUCAAAUCAAAACUCCUAUCGACCAAUAGUCUCAGCACCAAUCACUCCAAAUCCAAAUAUUGUCUACACGAAGAAAACAAACACGAAAUCUCAAAAGAAAAAGAACAAAGACAAAGUUGAUGUUGAUGACACUGAAUCUGAUUGGUUUCAAGACUUUCUGGAUAAAAGGAAGGAAGCAAGUUUAAGUCUAUCGGGUUCGAAGCAAACAACAACAAAGAAAAUGAAAUCAAAAGACGAUAACACUUCAGACUUUGACGAUUACUUUCGCUAA